AAUAGAGAAAAAAGGGGACACUUUUAACUGUUCAAAGAUCCCCUUAAACGUUCACGUGCAUGUGCAUGUGCAUGUGUGUAUAUAUACAAACACAUACGCAUAUACACAUACACUUGUAUGUGUAGAAUAGAAGAACAGUCAUACAAGACUGUAAAACAUGGUUAAGAUCGAUGAUCGGUUACAAACGCACUCUAGCGCGCUGCCUCUUCUCUCAAAACCGGAUCGCAUGGAGACUUUUAUGAAGCAUAUCACUAGGAACCCGAAUAUAUCAAGAUGGCGGUAUAUUUUCUCGUUUGGAAGGAAAAACAACGAGUGUGUACCGUUGAAGACAACCGUUAUGGAAGCCAACAACAAAAGUUAUUUUCUAGACCGGAUCGAGUCCCUUGAAGACCGUCUUAUUCAGCUUUCUUUAGAGAUUGAAACGCGAAGAGCAUCGCGCACUUCAGCCACUGCUGGGGCGCGAGAGUUACCCGUUUCUUCUUACCCGGUUUUUAACAACCCGAAGUCCAAAUGCAAGCAUGCGUCUUCUUCGGAUAUCCUCCCGGUUAGUACUGGUGGUGAUUCACAGAAUGAAGAUGAAACAUUGGAACAGAAGCAAAAGAGGAAGAAUGGAGAGCAUCAGAAGAAGAAGAACAGGAAGAAAAAAGCUCAUAAUUGGCCACAUCUAAAGAUAUUAGGUUGCUAGUGCUUAGUUUAUUUCAAUAUUUGGCUUGUCCAGUUUUGCAUCUUUAAUGUUUUUGUUAUCUGUUUAUUUAUAUAUAAAAGUCUU